AUGACUUCUGUUAUUCCUGGUAUAUUUGAAGCAAAUGAACCCAAUGAUAAUGAACAACAAGAAGUAACAGAUCAAGAUGAUAUCAAUUCCACAGAGAGUAAGCAUGAUAAAAUUGAAAAACCUGGUGACGAUAGAGAUCAGAAUAACAACAAAAAUAGACUAUCAUCGUCUGAAGAAAAAUUAAAGAAUUUAUCCUUUCAAGGCAUACCGAACUCUGUAUUGAAUAAGACAAAUGCAACAAAUAGAAGAAAUAGAUUGUUCCAUAAAAGAUCACAAUCUCCAUUGAAUAAUGGUAGUAAUAAUAAAACAAAAAGAGAUCAUAGUCCAACCUCUCCAAGAUCAAGUACCUCUAGAAAUUAUACCGAUUAUUUCCCUUCAAAGUUAAAUAAACAACAACAUCAUCAAAAGAAUAAAAGUUUAGAUGAAUUAGCUUAUUCAAAAUUAAAUAAUGAUUAUAAUGAUGAUCAACAAAAAGAUAGAAGAAAAUCAUUAAUCUCUUCUUCAGAUCAAAGUAAAUUUAAUGGCUGGAGAAAAGAAUUUAAUACUGCAUUUAAGAAAAUAUCUGUUGUAUCAAAGCUUAAAAAUAAACGUGGUAGUAAUCUUAAAAAUAAUGGAUCACAACCACAAGUAUUAUCGACAGAUGAAUUACUUAUGAAGGAAUCACAUACUCAAAAAAUGGCUUCAGAUUUAAUUGCAUCAAUGUUAGCAGGUUGUCCAGCGGCUGUCUUUGCAAGUACUCAAUUUCUUAGAGAUGAACAUGGUAAUAGAAGAGCACCAAUAUUACUUACAAUGUUAGACGUUAGAGUAAAACCAAUUGAAAAUAUAUCCGAAUAUUUAAAUCGGGGUCAAUCGUCAAAUUAUUUCGGUAAUCGUAAUGAAACAAAUAAGAAUAAUACCUUACCUAAUAAUCAUGUAAUUAAUAAUGUUGAUAUAUCAUUAUCCAGAAGAUCAAGUUUGUUGAGUUUUUCUUCUUUAUUUUUACAAGAUAAUGAUAAUCCAUUGGGGAUGCCAAACGACAACACCGAUAUUAAUACUAAUACUUAUCCUUUAGGAAACACUCAAUCUCCUUCUCAGAAUAGAACAAGUAAUAAUAGAAUAAAUAGUUCCAAUAAUAAGAACAACAAUAACAUCUCUGAUAUAUUCAAUGGGACAUCUAAUCAUGAUUUAAAAUCACAAAUAUUCGAAUUGAGUUUCGAAUAUGGUAUUGGUGACAAUAGGUAUAGAUGGUCGAUCACUAAGACUUAUAACAAUAUGCAACAAUUACAUCAUAAUUUGAAAAUUGUUGCAUUUCAACAAAAUACAGUGAAAAAGCUCUAUAUUGAUAACAAUAGAUUCCAUAAAUUUAGAUUACCUUACUUUCCUACUUUAAAGGAGAAAUCCCCCAAGGAUGAAAAAACGAGGGGUCUUCAUAUCCUAUCAAGAACGAAUAGUUUAUCUUCAAGUACGAGUAGUAAUUCAUCUAUUAAUUCCGAACAAACCCUUCCUUCUGCAAACUUUGAUUUAGGUCAGAUUAAAAUGAAACAUUUACAAGAUCUAAUUGACGAAGAAGACGAUAGCAAUCAACCAAUGGAUGUAAGACUAGAAAGAUAUUUCAGGUUGUUAAACUUGGCGCUGUGUUUAAGACCGCAAGCUAACAGAUUAUUUCAAUUUUACGAAUUUUCACCAAUGGGUAAUCUUCUAAGUUAUGAAACUGGUUACCAAGGGAGAGAGGGGUUCUUAUUGAUUAGAUCCACUGCCAAGACCCAAGGCUGGAGGGUUUCACAUUUUAACGCACAUGAUUUUAAGGAUAUGAUCGAAAGACAUACACCAAAAUGGUUUCUUGUACGUGGUUCAUAUAUAACAUACACAUCUGAUAUUUGCAGUACAACUCCACUAGAUGUCUUCCUUGUUGAUAGUAAAUUCAAGAUUAAAUGUUCAGGAAAAAUGAAGCGGAAAGAAGCAUUCCAUGUCAAUAAGAAGAAAUCAAAAAAAACCAACGAUGAAAUCAUCUCACCUGACGAAUUAGACUGGGAUCUAGAGAAUUCAAAGAGUAUUUCUACCAAUUUAUUGAUUACAUUACAAAAUUCUGAAAGAAAGCUACAAAUUAUUUGUAAAUCAGAAGCGUCAUUGAAAUUAUGGGUUUCAUCAUUUACGUUAAUGGCUAAAAGUACAGUGUGGUCUAGAAAAAAUAGAUUUAACAGUUUUGCUCCUGUCAGACAAAAUGCCUUCUGUAAAUUAUUGGUUGAUGGUAGAGAUUACUUUUGGUCACUAAGUGAAGCAUUGAAAAGAGCCCAGGAUGUUAUAUACAUUCAUGACUGGUGGCUUUCCCCAGAGCUAUACUUAAGACGACCAGUAGAUGCCCAUCAAGAAUACAGAAUCGAUAGAAUGCUUCGUAAGUGUGCUGAGAGAGGCGUUAAGAUAUUUAUUAUUGUUUACAGAAAUGUAGGAGCUACUGUUGGUACUGAUAGUCUAUGGACUAAACAUUCCAUGUUAGGAUUGCACCCUAACAUCCAUUUAAUAAGAUCACCUAAUCAAUGGUUACAGAAUACAUACUUUUGGGCACAUCAUGAAAAAUUGUGCGUCAUUGAUAAUACUAUUGCAUUCAUGGGUGGUACUGAUUUAUGUUUUGGUCGUUAUGAUACACCAGAACACGUUCUACGUGAUGAUUACAAAGAUAUCAAAGACCAAACUUUCCCUGGGAAGGAUUAUUCCAAUGCCAGAGUUUGUGAUUUUUACGAACUUGAUAAACCCUUUGAAUCAAUGUAUGACAGAGAAGAAGUACCAAGAAUGCCUUGGCAUGACGUUCAGAUGAUGACUGUAGGUGAACCUGCCAGAGAUAUGGCAAGACAUUUUAUUCAACGUUGGAAUUACUUACUGAGGGAGAAAAGACCGAGUAGGCCAACACCACUACUAUUACCACCAUCUGAUUUUACUAAAAAUGAGUUAGAGAAUUCACCAUUUUUCCAAUCAUUAAAGCCAAGAUCGACUUGUGAGGUACAAGUACUAAGAAGUGCUGGUUAUUGGUCACUUGGAUUGAAAGAAACAGAAAAAUCAAUCCAAAAUGCAUAUUUGAAAUUGAUAGAGACUAGUAAACAUUAUAUGUAUAUCGAGAAUCAAUUUUUUAUAACAACCUCUGAGUGGGACGGUGUUGUAAUCGAAAACAAGAUUGGGGAUGCUAUAGUUGAUCGAAUAGUGAGAGCAAAUAGCGAAGGUACAGACUGGAAGGCAUUUAUAAUUAUCCCAUUAAUGCCAGGUUUUGACUCUCCUAUUGAUCAGCCUGAGGCUUCAAGUCUUAGAGUUAUUAUGCAAUGUCAAUAUCAAAGUAUUUCGAGAGGUGAAACAUCUAUUUUUUCUAGACUAAAAAAAUUGAAUAUCGAUCCAAUGCAAUAUAUCAGAUUCUUCUCGUUAAGGAAGUGGUCAACAAUUGGCCCAUUUGAAAAAUUGGUCACGGAACAAUUAUAUGUCCAUGCCAAGAUUCUAAUUGUGGACGAUAGAAGCUGUAUUAUUGGUAGUGCUAAUAUCAAUGAAAGAUCUCAAUUAGGAAAUAGAGAUAGUGAGGUCGCUAUCGUAAUAAGAGAUACUGACCUAGUGAAGACGAAAAUGAAUGGUAAGGAUUAUUAUGCAGGUAGAUAUGCACUUGAGAUGAGACAGAGGCUGAUGAGGGAACAUUUAGGUUGCGAUACUGAUUUGGUGGAAAUUGUAGAAAGGAAAUUCGGAAGAUUAGAGAAACUUGCUAAAGAAAAAUAUAAAACUUUGAACACUUUAGAUGAAAACCAAAAAGAUAAGAUUGGAAAGAAGAAAUUACAUUUAUCCGCAAUGAUUGAAUUAGCAUAUAGGGAAAUAUUGGAUUGCGAGUAUAGCCCACAAUGGCGUAAAAAAUUCAAAACUAGGAAUAAUACGCAAACCGGUUCAACACCAAUACAAUCCUUUAGUAACACAGUGCCAUCCAGAGCUAACAAUAAUAUUGGCGAUUCGAGUAGUAUUUUAGACGUUCUUGAGAUCAGUGCAAAGAGACGUAGAUUACCAUCUACAACUAAAUCUACAAGAAAUAAUUCUACUGUUGUGCAUAGUUUUAAUUACAGAAGUGGUACUGAUAAUGUUGGUAUCAGAGAUAACAAGCCAAUUUCGUAUGAUCCUAGAUUAAUCAAGAAUACGACCCAUCAGAGGGAUGUAGAUGGGAAAGGUGCCGACGAUUGGAAGAAAGUUACUGAAUCAUACAAGGAGUCAGUGAGUGACCAGUUAAAAGAAUGGGCUCUGAAAGCAAUGUCCCUCAAAUUAGAUAAUGAGGAAGAAAUCCUUUCUAAAAAUCAAUUUUUACCAUCAAGAGAAGAUCUUCAAGAUUAUAUUGCAUGUAAAGAGAUUUCAGAUGAUAAGAAAUGGGAUAUGCUAAAGAGAGUCUGUUAUUUACAAUAUCUGAGUCAUAAGAUUAGCACACAUGAAUAUGAGAAACCUAAAUUUAACCAAAAACCAAAAACGCCUUCAAAGUUUAAUAGUACAAAUACAGAAGAGAUCCACACUGGUCAUUCUGAACUAUUAGAAGAACAAGAACUGGAUGAUGAAACAUUAGAUAUCUUAUUGGGACAACUAGUACCUACCCUAAGUAGACCUGGUAUUAAUAAAGAAAAUAUGUUAAGAUUUUCAAAAUUAAAAUUCAUCGAUCCUUAUUCAUUCGACGAUCCACUAAUAGGAUCUUUUUCAGAGGAGACUCUAUUUUUAAUAGCAAUGAGAAAUACAUUAUUGUAUAGAUUAGUGUUUCAUUGUCAACCAGAUAAUGCUGUUCAAACAUGGAGAGACUUUAAAGAUUUUAAAAGAAUGUCUGAAGAUUUUGUUGAAAGUCAAAAUGAACUGAUUGAUCUUGAAAGGAAACAUCUACCAAAGAAGACGAGAAAUUCUAAUGAUACUAUUCCAUCAACUGUGAAUGACACAAACUAUCAAAGGAAGCAUAAUGGCGAUAGUGUUGAUGACUCUAGUGGUACAAAGGUUACAACAAAUGGCCUUGAUAAAUUGGGUAAUGAUAAAGCUAGAGCAUUAAGUCUUCAAAUGAAAUUAGGAGGAAGCAUAUUAUAUGGAUUCAACAAGAGGAUAUUCGAUAAAUAUACCGCUAGACGUAUCUUGGAUAGAAUUCAUGGUCAUUUAGUACUAUUCCCAACAGAAUGGCUUGCUAGAGAGGUUGAAUCCAAAAAUUGGUUUUACAAUGCCGAUAGAUUACCGCCGAUUGAUAUUUAUGAUUAG